CAGAACUCAGAACAAUGUGCCGCCUGAUUGCACUAGUAGAUCGACUAUUGAUGUCUGAGGCAAGUCAGCGCAUCGAGAUCUACUGCUCACGUCUGCCAAAGGCAACAUGGCGGAUACCGCAGAUUCGCGUGCGCUUUUCACGGAUGGCGUGAGGGCAGCUCUCCACACGUGGCCCGUUCUGCAGAUUGCGCUGGAUAACGGCUUUGGAGGCGUGUACGGACAGCAAAAAGCUGAUUGGCUGGUGGAUGUUGUCCAGCAGUAUUUCCAGGACAAUGCUGAUUUGCAGCAGGAUGAAGUUGAAGAUUUCAUUAGCACCCUCAUGGAUCAAGAGUUUCAUACUGUGGUGGAUGAUGGGAGUUUACCUCAGGUGUGUGUCCAACUGAUGCAGAUGUUCUGUCAGUGGCAGCAGGGGGCACUGCAGCAACUCUCACACUCCAUCCAAUUGCUGACACAGAACAAGAUGCCCAGGGCAAAAGUCACAGCUCCGCCCACGCAGUCGGACUCGGACAGUGAUGACGAAACACCGAUGAUGGAGUGUGAAAGUAUGUCAGUCAACAGAACAAAUCAUCCUCAUGAAGACGACGACGGGUGGACGCUGGUCGGAAAGAGGAAGUGAUGCAAGAGAUGACCUUUGACUGAAGACAGGGGAAAGAAAAAGUCUGUGAUUCCCAUUGGUCAUUUUGUGUCUGCUCUCUGAACUCACCAUGAAUGCUGAAACAGAAUGAAGAAUCUCACCAAAAGCAGACAUUGUAAACAAACAAAAAAAAAACACGAGUCGAGCAAGCAGCUGAGUUUGUGCAAGGUAGCUUGUAGUGUAUGGGCUUCUUUGUCUACAAAAGCUACGUUACCUCGACAGAGUUUUGUUUGGGCUGUGCCUGACCUGGUAACAUAUUACUGUAUUUUCCAGACGACAGAGCGCAGUGGUUAAGACGCCGUGUAUGCUCUUUUUUUAUCAUUUCAUUUUCUUCUCCCGUACAUUAGCUAGGCCGGACCGUAUGGUGCGGUUAUAUACUGUACACAACUGUACUUUGUAAAAUAACGCAUUCAUUUAUUUCCAAACAGUGUCUGUAACCCUAUAGUAAAAGCAGCUCAAACUUAACACAAUAGCCAUUGUUUUUAUUCCUCCUCCAGUUCACUUGAACCACUAAAGUCGCCAUCUUCAGUAUUGGAGUUGAAGAGCUUCCAAAAGUCUCCGCAAGUCACAGCAUUUCAGCCCCUCUGCCACCUUCAAAGUAAUUUUCAUCUCAAGUUACCGCUGAAAUUGCGCUGCUGUUCUCACAACAGACCAGCCCUUCAAUCUGUUGAUUUUCUCACACUGCUCCACACGUUUUAGAUCCACUGCCAGACCUCAGAAAAGGGUGUCCUUUGAGUGCAGCCGGUUUUUGCAAAGAAUCCUAAAUUAAUUAAAUUAAGGGUGUGUUAGGACCCCACCCGCCUCCCCUUGUAUUGGAAGGAGUGCAAUGCAUGGCCCUUUCACCAGACCAGUGUGAAACUCUUACAGUGUCAAAGUAAAUCUUUCUAACUUACCUGUGCAAUGUUUUCUCACAGCCACCAAACUGGCGAUUAACGUUGUUAAUUGUUGUCGCUGCACAGGCUGGCAUGGUUGUUUUGGGAGUAUAAAGAUGGCGGACGGUGACUUCAGUUUUGGUGGCCAGUGAGCCAUCCAUCCAUCCAGUCUUGUUUUUUUAAUUUUUUUUUUAGAUCAGAGGGAGGGACAGCUCUGACCCUCCUGGAGAGUGUGUGCGCUUCGUUGUGACAGGAAGUGACGUCAAACACACCCCACGUAGCUUUAGGGUUAGCCACAGCUUCUCCCAACAUAUAUUGGGACCAACGAAACUUGACAUAAUAUCACAUUGUCCGUCCAUCUUCUUUGCCGCCUAUCCUCACGAGGUUCACGGGGACUGCUGGAGCCUAUCCCCGAUGUCAACGGGCAGGAGGGCGGGGGACACCUUGAACUGGUCGCCAGCCAAUCUCAGGACACAUCGAGACUCACAAUCACACCUCGGGGCAAUUUAGUGCCCAAUUAAUGUUGCAUGUUUUUGGGAUUUGGGAGGAAACCGGAGUGCCUGGAGGAAAGCCACACAGGCACGUGAAGAACAUGCAAACUCCACACAGGCGGGUGUGGGAUUGAACCCAUGACCUCAGACCUGUGAGCCCAACGCUUUACCAGCUGAACCACCGUGCUGCCUAUCACAUUGUCAUUGAUCUUGAAUGAAAUGUUUUCUUCAGUAAGGAGCUAUCAAGGCCUUCUGUCGUAAAUUGGUUGCCUUUUUACCUGACGGACAAUUGCAUGACAGGCAUGCGUGGCCCGUGUGUUAUUUGUGAAUGUGUCCAGUAA